CUACAAACAUCGGAAUUCGGCGGGGUAAGAACGCGAAACGCUCCGUCAUCGCUCCGCCACCACUCCACCCAAUCGAGAAAGUGGAGCGCGUCACGGUCACGUGCUGCAGGGGUGUAGAGCGCUAGGUCGAGUUCAUCGUAGCUCAUGCAUCGCGAACGUGCCAGCAACCGCGUUUCGUGAACAAGUCAGCAUUUCCGACGGAAUCACACAUCUUGGAGUCUAACUAGAGCUUCGAUCCAGAAAAUCAAUCCAUAAAUUGAACGCGGGAGUCCGUGUUAAGCAACCAUCAUCAUGCCGUCGGCUGUGGAUCCAGGCGAUGAUCUGUACAUAGCUAUCAAACAAAUAUCCCAGUCGUCCAUGGGCUCGGACUAUAUUGACCAGUUAAUCCCCAUCAUGAAAGAUGCCCGCUACUCAAACCAACUCCAAUAUGCCUUCGAUUCAUUCGCCAACGACCGAGAAUCCGAGAUUGAGCGGAUAUGCAAUGCUAACCACCAAGACUUUGUCAGCUCAGUUGACUCCCUACUCCGGAUCCGGGACCAAACUGUGCAAAUGAGUGGGGAGAUUCUACAACUCAACGAAUCCAUCCAAGAAAGUAUCGAGAAGCUGGCAACACAAAAGCAAGCGCUCGUGGACUCUCGAGGCGUACGCCAGAAUAUCAACGAAGCGACACAGGCUCUGAAUGCGUGCUUGAAUGUGUUGAGGCUUGCCAAUCAGGUCCAGGAUAUGCUGCGAGAGAAGAACUACUAUGCUGCGUUACGGGCACUAGACGAGCUGCAAACGAUCCAUUUGAAGGAGAUUAAUCGAUUCAAGAUUGCCAGUUUGAUUGAGAAAUCUGUUCCGCAGACCCAGGACCAGGUCAGAGAAGCUGUCAAGAAUGACCUAAGUACCUGGCUCUACCGGAUUCGAGAGUCCGCACAGUUGUUGGGCGAGGUGUCGUUUUACUACACCGAUAUGCGACGCACGCGCAACCAGGAACGAGCUGAAGCGGAUCCGCGAUUCUCAAAGUUCAAGCUGAAUUCGGCGAUCGAGCUUGUUGCUGAUGAGACUGACGAGUUUGACGUGUUGAACAAUGAAGAGGCGGGUAUUGAGACGGACUUUUCGCCCUUGUUCGAAGCGAUGCACAUCAACGAGACCCUGGGAAAGGCCGACCAGUUCAGAAUGGAAUAUGCGGCGGAUCGGCGGACCCAAAAAGAUCUUAUAAUACCGACUAAACUAAAUCUCCUUGAUGAAGAUUGUAGCGACCUCAGCAGCUUGUUGGAGAGCAUUGCGGGAUUUGCGAUUAUCGAAAAGGCUACCAUAUCGAAGACGACGAGUUUGCGACAGCAAUCUGAUGUCGAUGAACUUUGGGACUCGAUGUGUCAGAGUGCAAUCAAGCUCAUCACCAGCUUCCUCCAUACGGUAGAGAGCGAUGAGCUACUUCUGAAGAUUAAGAGUCGAAUAGCGCUCUUCAUGCUGACCAUGGAGAAAUGGGGCUACUCUGUCUCGGCAAUGAACGACCUCCUACUCAUACUCUUCUCCAAAUACUCCGAGCUACUAAAGCAGCGAUUCAGCGACGAUUUCCUCGAGAUUGUACAAACAGACGACUACAUGCCCAUGCCUAUCAAUAACUACGAAGAAUACGACAAAGUGGUAUCAGUCAGUUGGUACACGCCCGACAAAACUCGGGAAGAGCUCACAUUUCCAUGUGUCCUCCCAUUCUCCCAAAUGUACCCUCUAUGCUGCAUCGACAUCCGGAACUUCCUCAACCAAAUCUACCUCUUCUCCGACGACUACUUCCAGAAGUCUACUAUCGUCGAUGAAACUCUGCGAAUAGCUUUAGACGAUCUCCUCUGCAAACAAGUCUGCCAAUCCCUCGUCGACCGCCUCUCCUCCCAAUAUCCCGGCCAAAUCGUCCAAAUCCUAACCAACCUGGAGCACUUCGAAACCGCCUGCGUCGAGCUCCAAGACCUGCUCUUCCAAGCCCGGAGCUCCCCCUCAUCAAACGCGCCCAUCACGCUCUCAGCAACCACGCAAUUCGCAAAAGCCAAGAAACAAGCCUCAGACCGCAUCUUCGAGCUCGUAAACUCCAAGAUCGACGACCUGAUCGAAACAGCAGACUACGACUGGAUGGCCGCAAAGCCCGCCGUAGAGCCCAGCGAGUACAUGCUCGAGCUAACACGCUACCUAUCGAACAUCAUGUCCUCCGUCCUCCUCGCGCUGCCCACGCAGAUCAAGGGCUUCAUCUACUUCGACGCGCUGUCGCACGCCGCUGAGUCUAUCCUCUCGCUCCCGCUCGACGACGGCGUAAAGCGCAUCACGCCGUCCGCCGUCGCUUCGUUCGCGACGGACACGGCCUUCCUGUCCUCCUUCGUUAACAGCCUCAACAACCCCAUCUUGAUGGAGAAUUUGGACGAGUUGACGCAGACGGCGGCACUCAUGGGCACGGAUAACUCGGAGGAGUUUUUCGAUAUUGCUCAGCGGAAUAGGAAGUAUGGCAAGGUUAAUCAGAUGAAGGGCGCGAUUCUUAUCGAGAAGGUGCAGGAGGGCGCGCAGGUGGCCAGUCAGAGCCCCACGGUGGCGAGUAAGGCUAGUGAGAGGUUUGGGACGUUGGGGAGUCGGUUUAAGAUGGGGAGGGGGUAG